AUGCCUAGUAUUCAUUCAUUGUCGAGAAAAACAUCUCAAAAUAAUAGUAAUGAUAUUGAAUAUAUCAAUUCCUCGACUAAGAAAGAAGCAGUAGGUGGCAGUAGUAACACAAACACAAAUAUUGAUGAUAAUGAUAGUAACAAUAUAAUCUCGCUUCACACAGAUGAUGCUAACAAUAGUUCUAACGCUCAAUUCCAUCAACCUAAAAAUGUUAGAUUUGAUGAACCUUCAACAUCAAAUCAAAAGAAUAGUGAAACUAACUCAAUUGCAUCCAUCAAGAAGUUUUUCAGAAGUAGAUCAAAUAGUGAUCCAAAUGCUCCUCCUCAGAGUGAUACUUCAUCAAAUAAUACAUCAACUAGAAGGAGACAAAUGCGUAGAGCCAUUCACCCUGGAAUGAGAAACCUAAGAGAUAUUCAUUCAGAGGAUGAAAGUGAUGAUGAAAACUUUGUCUCAAAAAUUGUUAACAGUCUUGCACAAGGUGGGUUAGCGCCAGGUUUCAUUGAUAGUGAUUUACCAAAAGUUCAAGAUAUUGAAAAUGAUAUUCCAAUGGUGGAUUACAAAGAAGCUGCAAGAGCAAUCAUUGGUUCGCAUUCAAAUCAAAAAUUUCCAGAUAUCGAGACCGAUACGGAUGACGCUUACAGUGCAUAUACUGAUACCACACAUGAAACAAGAUCUACAGAAUCAUCACUAGGUAAUGAUUCAAGUAAAGAUGAUUUUACGGCACCGGCAAUGGAACAUUUUGAUGAUAAUAAUGGUCUUGAUUCUGAUUCAGAUGAUGAUGAAGAAUAUGAUGCUUUGAUGGGAGAAGACGGGUAUGUUGCUCCACCUAAAAAUGUAAAAGGUGGUGUCUUAGGUUCUUUGUUAAAAAUGUAUCAAAAUGAAGAUUUACAAAAUAGUAGAUCCAAUACUUCAAUCUCGGGGAUUAGUGAUACAACGGAUGCAAUGUCUUCUUCAGAUUUAACAACAAAUGAUUUUAAAUCGGAUACUGAUACACACACCCUUGAACGUACUAACAGUAAAAAAUCAAAAUUAUCAUCAGAGGAACCAUUACCACCUCUAAGUAAGAAAAUGAGUCAAACAAAGAAAGAUAAGAAAUCAAAGAAGAAUUCAUUGAGUGCAAAGAAAUUGAAAAAGAAAUUGAAAAGAAAGAAGGCUUCAUUAAUAAAAAUCACUAUCCAUAUUGCAGAUUUAUUACAAAGGCAUAGAUUUAUCUUAAGAAUGUGUAAAGGUUUAAUGCUUUACGGUGCACCAACUCAUCGUCUGGAAGAAUAUAUGAUCAUGACCUCAAGAGUAUUAGAAGUUGACGGUCAAUUUUUAUACAUCCCUGGGUGUAUGAUUGUAUCCUUCGGUGAUGCAACUACGAGAACUUCUGAAGUUCAAUUGGUAAGAUGUUCUCAGGGCUUAAACUUAUGGAAACUGCAUCAAGUGCAUGCUAUUUACAAAAAAGUUCUUAAGGAUGAAAUGGGUGCCGAUGAAGGGAACAUUCAAAUUGAUAAAAUCCUUUCUGAUCCAAAUCUGUACCCAGCUUGGCUGCGUGUUUUCCUAUUUGGAUUUUGUUCUUCCAUGGUCACACCCUAUGCGUUUGGUGGUCAUUGGAUAAACCUUGCGGUCACAUUCUUCAUGGGAUCAUGUGUUGGGGCGUUACAGUAUGUUUUUGCUCAAAGAUCAAGUAUGUAUUCAAACGUUUUUGAAAUCACUGCCUCUAUCGUUGUUAGUUUCUGUGGUAGAGCAUUUGGUUCAAUCCCGAAUUCUAAUAUCUGUUUUGGUUCAGUGACACAGGGUUCAUUAGCAUUAAUUCUGCCAGGUUAUAUUAUUUUAUGUGGUUCUUUAGAAUUACAAAGUAGAAACCUUGUUGCUGGUUCUGUCAGAAUGUUUUACGCCAUCAUCUAUUCUUUGUUCCUGGGGUUCGGUAUUACUUUAGGAGCUACUUUAUUUGGUUGGAUGUAUAAAGGUGCCUCCGAUGAAACUUCGUGCGGUCAACCUAUCUCACCUUGGUACAGAUUUAUAUUUGUCCCAGCGUUCGUUAUCGGUAAUUCUAUGUUGAACCAGGCAAGAUGGUCCCAAUUGCCAGUUAUGGUAACUAUUGCAUGUAUCGGUUAUGUCGUCACAUAUUUCGCAGGGAAACAUUUCGAAAAUUCUACAGAAUUUACAGCUGCUUUGGCAGCUUUUGUCAUCGGUGUUCUCGGAAAUGUAUAUGCCAGAGUUUGGAAAGGGUUGGCUGUAUCUGCGAUGCUACCAGCCAUCUUCUGUCAAGUUCCAUCUGGUGUUGCAUCUCAGAAUUCUCUUCUAUCUGGUUUACAGAGUGCAAACAAGAUUGUCAAGGGUAACACAACCACUAUAAUCACAGAUAAUGACUUAACAAAAUCAAUGUCUUUUGGUAUCACAAUGAUUGAAGUUAGUAUUGGUAUAUCUGUCGGUUUAUUUGCAUCAACACUAUUCGUUUAUCCAUUUGGUAAAACUGGUAGUUUAUUCAGUUUAUAG